UAACUCGUGUUGAUUCACGAGGCCUUUUUUAAGUUUGUUCAGAUGUCAGAUACCAUAAAGCGUCCAGGGGUGGGGGUGGGGGUGCUGGUCACAGACUCCGCCCACCCCGGAUGUGUUCUCCUGGGGAGACGGAGGAGUGCGGUGGGCGCAGGGAAGCAUCAGCUCCCCGGGGGGCACCUGGAGCUCGGAGAGACGUGGGAGGAAUGUGCUCACAGGGAGGUCCUGGAGGAAGCCGGGGUGCAUUUGGUGAACGUCCGCUUCGCCUCUGUGGUGAACUCCAUCAGGCUGGAGGAGCAGUACCACUACGUCACCAUAUUCAUGCAGGGGGUCCUGGACAGGAAGAGGUCGGGAGAGCCGGAGAACCUGGAACCCGAGAAGAACGAAGGAUGGACGUGGACGCGCUGGGACCAGUUUCCUCCAGAGCAGCAGCUGUUCCUGCCGCUGGCCGAUGUGAGACAACAAGGCUUCCAACCGUUCACAGACACUGAAACUCAGCUUUGAGAAGGCAUGGUACUUCAACAACGCAUUCUUCCCCAAAAUAAAAACACCUUCUACACCUUGCUCUCUGUAGUUGGAGCAGACAGCUGCCCGUCCUCAGACCUCAUGGGGACGCUGUCAUUUCUCCAAACUGCUGUUACAAUUGAAAAGUUUGUAUUUUUUACAUAAGAAUUUAAACUCGUUCAAAUUUGAAUGAUGCCACAAAUAAAACACACGCAUGAACAAAAGUAAAA